CUCCCCAUUGGGCGCUGAGAGGCCUGUCGGGGAACUCUUGGGGCAGCAAUAGAGCCUGUGAGGUGGUUGCCAGACUCAGGAGAAGCAGUGGAAAUGUUGGCCAAGCCCCUGACACUGUCUGCACCAGGGAAAGCUAUUCUCCAUGGGGAGCAUGCUGUCGUGCAUGGCAAGGCAGCUUUGGCUGUGGCCUUGAACCUGAGAACGUUCCUUCAAAUUAGACCCAGUAAUAAUGGAAAGGUCUUAAUAUGCUUACCUAAUAUUGGAACCAGUUUAAACUGGGAAACUGUCCAGCUCCGGACACUGCUAAGAGCAUUUUCAGAUGGCUUGGAUGAAUCUAAAUCCCCCAGCCCAGAACAAAUGGAUGCACUGAAAGAGUUUGCAGGAAUCACUACUGGACUUUCAACCACUGAGAGCCUUGCUACCCUUGCAUUUCUCUAUCUGUACCUGUCUAUUUCAGCUAAAUAUGGACAGAUACCAAGCGUGGAGAUAGUGGUGUGGUCUGAGCUGCCCAUAGGAGCUGGGCUAGGCUCAAGUGCUGCCUAUUCUGUUUGUUUGGCAGCUGCCCUGUUGACUGCAUGUGGAGCCAUUGGCUGCCCAUUGGAGGAGGAGAAGUCCGUAGUCAGGUGGCCUGAGGAGGAGUUGGAUUUAAUUAACAGAUGGGCCUUUCGGGGAGAGCAGGUCAUCCAUGGCAAGCCUUCUGGUGUGGAUAACUCUGUAGCGACUUGGGGUGGAGUGCUCCGAUUUCAAUCAGGAAAAAUCACAUCAUUAAAGAGAGUGCCGACUCUAAGGAUCUUAUUGACCAACACAAAAGUGUCUCGGAGCACCAAGAUCCUUGUGGCAGGUGUCAAAGACAAGAUUCUUAAGUUUCCUGCUAUAAUGAACCCAGUGCUUGCCUCGAUAGACGCAAUUUCUCAGGAGUGUGAAAAUGUUCUAGAAGCAAUGGCUGAGAGUCCAUCACAGGAGUAUUACCCUGUGCUAGAGGAGCUCUUUGAUAUAAACCAGCAUCACUUAAAUGUGGUUGGAGUUGGCCAUUCCUCACUGGACAACGUGUGCCGAGUGACCGCCACACAUGGGCUGCACAGUAAGCUGACUGGCGCUGGAGGAGGUGGCUGUGCAAUCACUUUGCUAAGACCAGACACAGACCCAUUGAUGGUGGAAGCAGUCAGACAAGAUCUCAGUGCCUGUGGAUUUGAAUGCUGGGAGACCAGUAUUGGGGUGCCUGGAAUAUGUCUUCAUUCGCUGUCAUCUUUGAAAGCAGAAGUUCUGCAUGUCUUUAAUUCGGCUUAAGAUGACAUGGACUCUGACUGUACCCUGCCUUCCUGUCCCUGCAAGUUCAGAGCUUCUUAACUCUUCACAGGAGUGGCCACCCAUGGUGCUAAACGCACUUCAGAGUUCAGCUUACGUUGCCAGUCUGAAAUAUUUUGCCCCCUUUGCCAUAGCUGUGGAAGUGUCGUCGUGAACUGAGACACUGACCCGAGUUCAGACCUGGUGUAACUAACGGGGCAGCUCCACUGAAGACAGUGGAAUUAUUGCUCUCACUUAUCCCAGCUGUGAGUAUGGCCCUGUGUCUCAACCUUGAAGCUGUGUCUUUGCAAUGUUAACAGCGGGCACAAGAGGGAAGGGUGUGUUAACCCUGGUGUCCUGGCCAGAUUCCGGCUUGAGUAAUUACAUUUUGCCUCCCUUCGAUACAUAGUGGGGUAUCCUCUUCGCUUCGCCUUCGUCUGCCUCUCGAGACCAGUGUGAGGCUGGCGUAGUUAAUGUGCACAGAGUACCGUGGGAGUUUCUGGUGAAAGGCACCACAGAACGCAAAGCAUGAGACUGCUCCUGUAUUUCUACUAAUGCUGUUAGAGGCACUGCUGAGAUUUAAAAAAAGGCGCUUACCUGUGUCACUAAUUGAAUCUCAGAUAAUUAAAGCUGAAGAAAGUGAAAUUCUAAUACACUUUGUCCCAUUUUUUAGUUUCCUUUAGCAUAUCCCUUCUCUGUCUAGGCUGUUAUGUUAGCCUCCAUAGCCAAUUGUCUGAGCAGGCUUGCUGCUUGUAGUCUCAUGGUCUGGUUCUCACGCUAAUAACACCACAAAAUCUGCAGGAAGAUGUUUAAAGCCAAAGGCACUUUUCCUUUAUUUUAAUCUCAUGUCAGUAUUUCUAUUAAUAGUAGAUUUGUUAGAAUCCCUGGGUUUUUGUUUUUUAAACAGUCUAAUCUUUGGUCACAAAUGCGGGAUGUUAAGGACACAUUCCUUCUACGUUCCCAGGCAAAGGUUACGUCAAUGGAUGAUAUCUGUUACUAGUCAUCCUUCCUUAAUGCCACUCAUUGGAGUGGGUUGCCAGAGGAGCUUGACCCAUAAAGUAAAUCAAUUUCCAAAAAUAUUUGUGCAGUUUCUUAAUUGAUGCUACCUCUAGUCAAGUGAUCUACUUCUCCAGUGCAGAGUCAGUAUCUCUUCCAUUACUUGUUUUGUUAGCCUCCAGUUUUGGAAUGAGCUGUUGUCCUUCACCCCUCAACUUCCAUACCAGACACUUCUGUUAUGUAGAUGGUGUCUUAAUCAACAAAUUGACACUUGAAUGUGUUAAAUGUAGAUU